GCGGAGCCGCGGACUUUGCUGCCCAGUCUUGACCUUUUUUCUAGGGUCGGGCCCCGUGCGGGGCCUUUUCGUCAGCCCGAGUUCCUGUUCUUUCCUUGCCCCGCCCUGCACGGCCGUACCCUGCCUGGCGGAGUGCACCCUCCGGGCAGCUGUAACGCUUGAAGCAUGGAAGGAGGCCACCCCAACUUGCCCAUUUCACAGAUUUGGAAACUCAGAUCCAGAGAUAGGAUUUAACUUGUCCAGGAUCCUCGGAGAUAGUUCAAGCUUCACAUCUUAAGGUCGGAUCCUCUCAAGCGGAGUUAGGUCGUGUGGGCCCGUCCUUAACUUUUUCAACCAUGUUAGUCCGGAACGAAAGUCUGCACGCGAGUAGAAUGUUGCUGUUACUGAUGAUUGACAACUAUUGCUUAAGAAAGCAGACAUCCUGAGAGCAGCGUCUUUGUCCAGUUGAGGAGCCAUGCGGGGCCAGCGGAGCCUGCUGCUGGGCCCUGCCCGCCUCUGCCUGCGCCUGCUUCUGCUCCUGGGCUACAGGCGUCGCUGCCCACCUCUGCUCCGGGGCCUGGUACAGCGCUGGCGCUAUGGCAAAGUCUGCCUGCGCUCCCUGCUCUACAACUCCUUUGGUAGCAGUGACACAGCUGUCGAUGCUGCCUUUGAGCCUAUCUACUGGCUGGUGGACAACGUGAUCCGUUGGUGUGGGGUGGUGUUCGUGGUGUUAGUGAUCGUGCUGACCAGCUCCAUCGUGGCCAUCGCCUACCUGUGUGUCCUGCCUCUCAUCCUCCGAACAUACUCAGUGCCGCGGCUCUGCUGGCACUUCUUCUAUAGCCACUGGAAUCUGAUCCUCAUCGUCUUCCAUUACUACCAGGCCAUCACCACUCCACCUGGAUACCCACCCCAGGGUAGGAACGAUAUCGCAACAGUUUCCAUCUGUAAGAAGUGUAUUUACCCCAAGCCAGCCCGAACACACCACUGCAGCAUCUGCAAUAGGUGUGUGCUGAAGAUGGAUCAUCACUGCCCCUGGCUAAACAACUGUGUAGGCCACUAUAACCAUCGGUACUUCUUCUCUUUCUGCUUUUUCAUGACUCUGGGCUGUGUCUACUGCAGCUACGGAAGUUGGGACCUUUUCCGGGAAGCUUAUGCUGCCAUUGAGAAAAUGAAACAGCUCGACAAGAACAAACUACAGGCGGUUGCCAACCAGACGUAUCACCAGACCCCACCACCCACCUUCUCCUUCCGAGAAAGGGUGACUCACAAGAGUCUUGUCUACCUCUGGUUCCUGUGCAGUUCUGUAGCACUUGCCUUGGGUGCCCUAACUGUAUGGCAUGCUGUUCUCAUCAGUCGAGGAGAAACUAGUAUCGAAAGGCACAUCAACAAGAAGGAGAGACGUCGGCUGCAAGCCAAGGGCAGAGUUUUUAGGAAUCAUUACAACUACGGCUGUUUGGACAACUGGAAGGCACUGGCUUACUCGGGUGCUGUUGCCUUCCAGUCACCUGCCCCAUGGGAAUGGAAUGACCUGGGACCCCCCUCCCUGGGUGACUGCUCACUCAGCCUCUGUGAUGGCAGUGUGAGCUGGAUCAUACCUGUCACAGCCUGUGUGCCACUCUGCUUCCUGCACUGUCUCAAGGGCCUCCAAGGACAGCUUCUUGGAAUCCUUGGGCAAAAAGAAUCAGUGGGCCUGCCUCCGAGUACCAUGCAGGGACGACUCCAGGACCAGUCUCCUGGCCACUGCAGAAACAGGCAUGAUGUGGAGAAAUCCUAGGACUGAUGUCCCUUUACUCAGCUCAGGCAAACUGAAGUUCCAGCCCCAGACUGGAGAUUAGGCAGCUAGCAACCUUGCCAGGUGCUGACCCCGACCUCCUCCAGGUUCCAGCACUGGGGUUGGCCAUCAUCUCUUUCAUGUGCUGUCUGAGAAAACACCUGAACGGUAGAGCAGAGAUCCUGGCUCCUCAACAGGGCAAAGACACCAGGCCUACUGCUGAGGUCACUGCCAUUUCUCACAUGCUGCUGAAGGUGAAAAAUAAAGGUAUUUGAUUUUUAAAGAUC